UCUUGCAGGUCCAUGCUCCAAACAAUGAGACUGGUCAUCCUUGUGUGCCUCAUUCUGAGGACUGAGGCCCCGAUACCAGACGCAUGUCUUCUUAGCAAUACAAAAAGACCCAAAGAAUACUCUGACAUAACUGUGAUCUGCAGCACUGAGCAUAUUGAAGUGCGCAUCUACCUUUGCUCGGUGUACGAAGCUUCUUACAAUGAAUCUCUGAUGGUCCUCAAUAAUCAGUUCAACAGACCAGAGUGUUUUGGGACUGCUGACUGGAGCGCGAAUCCACCACUCUUAAAAUUCACAUUUCCCUUGAAUGAAAUUGCUAUCUCAUCCUGCCAAAAUAACUUUAAGAUAUUCAGUCAGGUUGGGACUGGAAUGUUUUUGGACUUCUCAGAUGUUCAGUUUGUCAACAUCUCUGGCACCAUUACCUCUGUUAAUCCCACUGUGGGCACGAUUACCUAUCGCCAGCAGGUCCUUUACAGUUUCUCCUGCCUCUACCCGAUGCAGUAUAUCCUGGACAACACUCAGCUGGCCGUAUCAGGUGCGAGUCUUGCCAUAAAAGACACUGAUGGUAGCUUCAUAAGCACACUGAGUAUUGAGCUCUAUGAAGAUGACAAGUAUGAAGACAUACUUAAUAUGCCACAAACAGGACUUCCCCCACAAACCAGGAUUUUUGUUGCAGUUAAAGCAACCGAUCUAACAGACAGGUUCAAUGUGCUGUUGGUCAGAUGCUAUGCAUCAACAUACCCAUAUCCCACGCCCAGCGCCCAUUAUGACCUCUUUGAGGGGUGUCGACAUGAACCACGGACUAAGUUGGAUCUCAAUGGGGAGUCUCAGGAGGCACACUUCUCCUUUGAGGCCUUCAGAUUUGUGGAGCAUAAAAAUUUGGUAGUUUCCACUUUCUACCUGCACUGUGUCGCCAGGCUCUGUGAGGUGUCCUUGUGCAGCAGCUUAAAACCUGACUGUGGACCAUUGAUCCGCAUGUGGAAGAGAGAGGCCCAGUACACACCAAACAGCGCUACAGUCACCUCACCUGCCAUCCGUGUGGGCAAACUGAGCACUGGUGUGACAGUCAGGUACAUCAUCCAUGAGCAGCUACAGCGGCCCUGCGGUGGCUGUAAUGGUCUGUAA